GACGUGUUCCUGAUGAUCCGGCGGCACAAAACGACGAUUUUCACCGAGGCCAAGGAGUCGUCGACGGUUCUGGAGCUGAAGCGAAUCGUGGCGGGAAUCCUGCACCGCCCGCCCCACGAGCAGCGCCUCUACAAGGACGACCAGCUGCUUGAGGACUCGAAGACUUUGGGCGACUGCGGCUUCACCAGCCAGACGGCGCGGCCGCAGGCCCCGGCCACCGUGGGGCUGGCGCUGCGCUGCGGGGAGGAAUCCUUCGAGGGGCUGCGCAUCGAGCCCUUCUCCAGCCCCCCGGAGCUGCCGGACGUGAUGAAGCCUCAGGACUCCACCGGCGCCGCCACCGACCCCCCCCUGCCCUGAGGGGCUGAUUUUGGGCUCAAUUCCCCCGAUUUUGGGGCUGGGGGGAGGGGCGGGGAGGGGGGAGAAAGAAAA